AGGGCAGAUUCGGCGUCGAAAAAAGAGGAGGCCCGGGAAAGGGCGGCGGGUGCAUUGCAAGCCACAAGGUGGAGAAGCGAGUCGCCGCUUGGCCAGCCCCCGGAUUGCCGCUGGGGCAAGUGUGCGACCAGCCUUUUGCAAGCAACGGGGAAGGAGCGCGAGCUGGUUUUCUGCAGCCGUUUCUCCAGGAGCUACUACUACGUGCUCUCUUCGGCAGCAGCAGGAGCGAGAAGUGGAGAAGGAUAAGGGUGUCUUUCGACUCCCCAAGCGUGCAUGCCAGAUCUCUGCAACUUGACAUCGGAGCUUCUCUUUUGCCAUCUGGGACUCCGCGCCGCCCUGAAGCAGUCGCACAGAAGAACGGAGGAGAAAGAGGAAGCACUUUUAGCAGCACUAACCCUGCCCUCUGUGGGGUUUGCAUUACAGGAACAUGCAGUGAUUUGCUGCUUUGCCUUUAGACCCAUCCCAACCGUCAGGGUGUGUGGUAUAUGGUGUGUGUGGGAGGGGGAGAUCUACUGUCUCUGUAAUAAAUGAUAGAGGAUACAAUGACUUUGCUCUCUUUGCUGGGUCGGAUCAUGCGUUACUUCUUACUGAGACCAGAGACGCUGUUCCUGCUAUGCAUCAGCCUGGCCCUAUGGAGCUACUUCUUCCAUACGGAUGAAGUGAAAACCAUAGUCAAGUCCAGCAGGGAUGCAGUGAAAAUGGUGAAGGGCAAGGUAGCUGAAAUUAUGCAAAAUGACCAACUUGGGGGUCUAGAUGUGCUGGAUGCAGAGUUUUCCAAGACCUGGGAGUUUAAGAACCACAAUGUGGCUGUUUAUUCCAUCCAAGGCCGGAGAGACCACAUGGAAGACAGGUUUGAAGUGAUCACGGAUCUGGUGAACAAGACUCAUCCAUCCAUAUUUGGGAUAUUUGAUGGACACGGUGGAGAGUCAGCAGCAGAAUAUGUGAAGUCCCGCUUACCAGAAGUCCUAAAGCAACAUCUUCAGGAUUAUGAGAAAGAUAAGGAGAACAGUGUACUAUCCUAUCAAACCAUCCUGGAGCAACAAAUUCUCUCAAUCGACCGAGAAAUGCUGGAAAAAUUGACUGUAUCCUAUGAUGAGGCAGGAACAACAUGUUUGAUUGCUUUACUGUCCGAUAAAGAGCUCACAGUGGCCAACGUUGGAGAUUCAAGGGGGGUUUUGUGCGAUAAGGAUGGAAAUGCUAUUCCUUUGUCUCAUGAUCACAAGCCCUAUCAGCUGAAAGAAAGAAAGAGGAUUAAAAGAGCUGGUGGCUUCAUCAGUUUCAAUGGUUCCUGGCGUGUUCAGGGGAUCCUGGCCAUGUCUCGUUCUCUUGGGGAUUACCCAUUGAAAAAUCUGAAUGUUGUCAUCCCUGAUCCAGAUAUCUUGACCUUUGACCUGGACAAACUCCAGCCAGAGUUCAUGAUCUUAGCUUCUGAUGGGCUCUGGGAUGCAUUUAGUAAUGAGGAAGCAGUGCGGUUCAUCAGAGAACGAUUAGAUGAGCCACAUUUUGGAGCCAAGAGCAUAGUGCUCCAAUCUUUUUAUAGGGGAUGCCCUGACAACAUUACAGUCAUGGUGGUUAAGUUCAAAAGCAGCAAUAGAGCGGAAGACCAGUAAAAAAAAGAGAAAGAAAAAAACGGGGGAGAAAGAGAAAUAAAAGUAAUACCACGCUCUGCCUCUCACUUGGCAAACUUCUUCAUUUAACCUUUACACUUCAACACAGUAGACAGUGGUAGCAAGUAUAUUAGUAUUAAAAUUGUACAAUCCAAAAAUGAGAGUAGAAAAGGCAUUCUUUUUGGUAAAACACAGUAAACAAUAUCAACCAUUCAAUUUAUUUUAUUUUAUUUUUAAAUGAAAAGGAUUUUGUACCUUUUAUUCUCUAGAU